AUGCCAAACCCUCCUGCUGCUUCUGUUGCCCCUGCAGCUACCUAUCCAACUACAUCAAAACCAUAUGCUGCUCCAUCAAUGCAACUUGUUCCAUCUCCAGCACCAAAACCGGUGCAAAAUUACAACUCUUAUAUUUCUCAAACAUACACUGGUCUGAACAUGGCUACAGAUGCUCGGAUGAACGGAAAUCAGCGGCCAAAAGAAACUCCAGUGGCAGCAGCCAGACCAUAUUACAUGCCGGACAAUUUGUUUGGAGACCUGAUCGACGUGAAGAGUUUUGGCGCUGGAAGCAAGAUCAACAGGUCUACCAGCAUGCCGAGUCCAAAGGGUGGUGGCCAGCCUAUGAUUGGUAGAAACAAAUAG